CAACAGGUGCGUACACCUGCCUGCUUCCGGUCUACGCGCGCUUCUCCGGCUUCAUCGCAGAACUCUCACACGAGCUCGAUCAGCACUGCAUGAUAAGGUUGGGCUAUCGCAGCACCAAUGGCAUCAUCCAGUCUUCCCCGCAGACGCAACAGCAUGGAGAUACCUCCUGCAAUAGCUGAUGUUUUUCGACUCGGAGAUGAAUUUAUGAAACUCUAUGAGAGAGAUCAACCCCAACUCCAGCAGUGCAUAGAGAAACUACAAAAUAUCAUCAAAACAUUUGAAACCGAUUUCAGAGGCUCUACUGAAGGAUCUAGAGCUGCAGGAGUGGCGGGGAUCAUUGGAGGGGCUUCUCUGCUAACAGGAAUAGGGUUAGGAGUAGGAAUAGCUUUAGCUCCAUUUACUCUGGGAGCUUCUGCUGUUGCUGCUGGUGUUGGUGUUGGUGCUGCAGGAGCAGCGACUCUCACAGGCGCUGGAAUUACAAGUAAGAUCUGCAGCUCUAACAAAAAGAAGCAGAUGAAAGCAUUAAGAAAAGGCAUUGAAGAUAAACUGAAGGAAUUUCGGUUUAAAAUCAAGCCUAUGGCUGAAAAGAUGAAAGACAUUCAUGAGCGUACUGAGAAAAUAUUGAGAGACUUUAAAAAACUAGAGCAAGGUGCAAAUGACUUGAGUAAAUAUUUUGACAGCAGUAACAUACAGCCAGAAAACCUUGCUGGACUGACAGUGCAGAUGAAUGAAAGUAUGCGUUUGCUUGCAUCAAUAGCAGAGAUUUAUGGUGGGUUCAGCCUUGUGCUUGACAUGAUCUCAGUUAGUGAAAAUAGCAGCGCGGUCGCUGACAUGGACAAACUAGCAGAAAAACCCAUAGCUGAAGAAGUAGAUGAAAGUAAGAUCACGUCAAAAGCUGGGAAAUUCAUUGUUGAUAUCAGGAAAUUAAUGAAUCAGUUACAGGAUAUCAUUGAUGGACUUGAGACAACAAAACACAAACUGUCAGAAUUUUAGGAUAAAACCUGACCAAACAAUGAACAACUGAGACACAAGCUGUUAGUUGACCCUGACAGAGAGCAGAUCGACUCCACCAACAUCUCAUUAUACUGAAUGAUCUGAACAAUCCCGCUGGUCUACAGUAUAUCAUGCUAACAGCAAAAGUUGAAAACGUAACCGUAUAUAAUUUAGCAGGAUUUUUGCUGAAGAUAACUGAUAUUUGUGACAUACAGAAAUCCAAAUAUACAUUUUCAUUGCUUUGCUCUCCAGAAUUAAAUGAAUUAUUAG